UUUAUCUGGAAUGAGGCAUGAAAUCAACUUGAUAUAUAUCAAUAGGAGUGUUUGAUAGAAGAGUUAGCUGGAUUAGUUUAUUUAAUGAAAGGAGUGUACAAGCUAACAUUUCCAGUCACUUGUCCUUCAUCAAUAAGUCAGCAAAAGAGGAGCUAAAUAAGGAGAUUAUAUCACUGAUAAUCCACAGAUAAAUGGAAGAUAGUAACAUUUUUAGCCAUAAGGUCGACGGGCAGUCACGGAAAUCCAUUGAUUUUGAUUAUAUCCAGCUUGCAAAAAACUGUAAAGGAUAUUUGGAUCUUAGAAACAGAAAAAUAACAUUGGAAGAACUCAAUAUUUUGAUACCUCACAUUGUUGGAAAUAUUCGCAUUAAUGCCUUUGACCUCUCACAAAAUCAUUUCGGUGAUGAAUACGGUAGAAUUAUCGCCAGAAUCAUAAAGAAUUCUGAUUCAAUUGUGGAAUUGUGUCUGAAACUGAACAAUCUAGAAGGCAGAGGAGUCCAGUAUAUCGGUCAAGCCAUUGGAUAUAACAACAGUAUCGAGAUAUUAGAUAUGAGUUGGAAUCACAUCCGUUGGCCAGGAGCUGUGUCUAUUUGCAAUGGUAUCAAGAUUAACAAUUGCCUGACCACACUCAAUGUCGCCUACAACGGGUUUGGUUAUGAAGGAGCCGUUGCCUUAGGAGAGAUGCUAAAACAUAAUAAAACUCUGCAGACUCUUGAUAUUUCCAGCAACAGAAUAUGCUGGAAAGGGUCACUGAUAAUGAGCAAAGCUCUCUCCAAGAAUCGGUCGUUGAUCAACCUUAAGGUCUGUUGAGCUUAAACUAUGUCAUACCAUCCCCAAUCCACUUCACUUCUAUUUUUCUUCGCUUUCCUCCUUUCUCGCAUUUUCACACACACACACACACACAUGCAUGUGUGUGUGUAUUAAUGAAGAGAUAGAAAGAGAGAGAAAGAGGGAGAGAGGGGUAGAAGAGAGAAAGAGAGGUAGAAAAAGAAAAAAGAAAGUGUGAUAGAUUGAAUGAUGGAAAAAAAAAUGGAAAGCCGAUGGAAAGAAUUUAGAGUGAAAG